ACAGAAACGUGACUUCCUUUUAAAAUAUCUUUAAAAUAAACAUGGAAAAAAUAUUAAAAUUGUAGGCAGAGGGGAGGGCAAUGUUGAGUAACAGACAGAGUGUUAAGCUUAGAAGUCAGUGAACACCUGGGUUCAGAUCCUGUUUUUACUAGUCAUGUGACCUAGAGCAAGUCACUUAACUGCCCUUUGCCUCAGUUUCCUCAUAUGUAAAGUGGGGGUAAUGCCUGUAUUAAUGAUAUCAUAUGGUUGUCGAGAAACUCAAAUGAGAUAAUGUAUAUCAAGUGACUUGCAAACUUUAAAACCUUGUAGAAAUGGUAGUUAUUGUUAGACAAAUCCUCUUUGAUCUUAGACAUAGAGCAGUUGCUUCUGCCCCCUCUUCUUUUCUAACUCGUGGGAGGGAGGAUGGGGAGAAGCAGGAAGGGACGAAGAUGAAGCCUAUGACUCAGCAGAACCCAUGUCUCAAAGACAGCUGAUGUGGGUCCAGCCUAUGACCUGGAGCUGGAAGGGCAGGGCCCUUGCCCACCUCCAGAGCCCUCCACAUAGGGCAGGAGAAAGACUAGGGGCAGGGGUAAAGAACAGCCUUCCUGGCCUUCUACCCCAAGCCACCCCAGGUUCUCCCAGAGUUGCCAGGGAGUAGGGGUGGGCCCUGACCCCUCCCCCAGGCCACCCUAGCCUCCUUCCCUCCUGCGGCUGGGGGGGAAGGGAAGUAGCAAGAAGGGGAAGUUGCCUGUCCCCAUUUGCUUCAGGGCUGCUGUCUGAGCAUUGGGCUCUGGCCCCUCAGUCAUGGACACCCAAGAGACGCCUCUGAAGGACGGGCUUCUCUACCAGCAACAUGUGAAAUUUGGCAAGAAAUCCUGGAGGAAGGUGUGGGCCUUCUUGUAUGCUGACGGCCCUUCAGGAGUGGCCCGACUGGAAAGCUGGGACGUAAGAGAUGGUGGGGGCGGACCAGCAGGGGACAAACCCAGUGGGCGUCGGGGUGACCGGCGAGUGAUCCGGCUGGCUGACUGUGUGUCUGUGGUGCCAGCUGACGGUGAGAGCUGUCCUCGGGACACCACCGCCUUCCUGCUCACUACCACUGAACGCAGCCACGUGCUGGCCGCCCAGCACCGGCAGACAUGGAUGGCUCACAUCUGUCAUCUGGCAUUUCCGGUGAGACUGAGCUAGGGGAGUAUGUGUGUGUGAUGGGGUGA